UGGAUGCAUGUUGUAACCUGGUUGUAACGUUUGGUUCCAUUGUUGUUUUUCUGAAAAUGUAAGAUUGCAUUUUGCGUCAAGGCUCUUAAAUGAUAUUGCUUGUGGAUUGCUCGCGAGAAACGACUUGACUUCAUUAAAUCAGAGGGAGCCGAGAGAGAGGUCCCUUUGUAUAAAAAAGCUGCAGACAUGAAGAUCACAGACAGCGUGUUACGAAGUUUCAGGGUUGCUCGAACAUAUCGAGAAAAUGCACAGAAAAUCAACUGUGUGGACUUCAGCCCAAAUGGUGAAAAUGCAAUAUCAAGUAGCGACGACGACUGCAUUGUGUUAUAUGACAUCCGAGAAGGAAAACCUGAAAGGACCAUGUUCAGCAAGAAGUAUGGAGUAGACCUCAUACACUACACACACGGAGAUGCACAGACUGUAGUCUACAGCUCCAACAAACUAGAUGAUACUAUCCGAUAUCUGUCACUCACUGACAACAAGUUCAUCAGGUAUUUCCCAGGUCACACUGCAAGAGUUAUUGCUCUCUCAAUGUCACCAGUAGAUGAUACGUUUAUCUCGGGCUCGUUGGACGAAACAAUCCGGAUCUGGGAUCUGCGUGCUCCAAACUGUCAAGGUCUGACUAAUCCACUGGGGAAACCUGUAUGUUCCUUUGACCCUGAUGGGCUGAUAUUUGCUGCAGGGGUGGAAUCACAGGCCAUUAAACUCUACGACCUUCGUGCUUUUGACAAGGGUCCCUUUGCCUCCUUUGAUAUGAGGUUUAAUCGCGUCUGUGACUGGACUGGACUCAAAUUCAGUAAUGAUGGGAAACAGAUUCUCAUCUCCACCAACGGAGGGGUGAUUCGUGUCCUGAAUGCCUUCAAUGGAUCUGUGCUGCACACCUUUUCUGGCUACAACAACAGUAAAGGCAUCUCCCUGGAAGCCUGCUUCACUCCAGACUCUCAAUUUGUCAUGAUUGGCUCAGAGGACGGGAGAGUCCAUGUUUGGAGCACUGAGAGCGGGAUGAAGGUCGCUGUGCUGGAUGGGAAGCAUCCGGGACCCAUCAACACUCUGCAGUUCAACCCCAGAUACAUGACGUUCGCCAGCGCCUGCACCAACAUGACAUUUUGGCUCCCGUGUAUUGACGACACGUAGAGGGACGUUUCCAAAAAGAGUCUUCGUCGCUAAACAUGUCGCAGUGAUGCAGCAUUGUGUAUUGGACUGCCUUCCUUGGCUCGAUAAGAACCACGAGGCCUGAUAGUUUAUCAGAGAAAAAUAUUUCACUUUUACUUUAAUCAUUUUUACCUACUGUAUUUUUUUUACUUUGAAAAGUGUUGAUGCCGCUGGGACAACAAAAUCCCACAUACCUCAGUAUUUUUUAAUGCCAUUCAGUACAUUUCAUUUUUUUAAAGAUUUUAACCGCGUCUCUUGAUAUUUCAUGCGAAAUUUAACUAAAUAAUAAUCAGUGUUUUACUGUUUGAAUAUUUGUAAUAAAGUGUUUUAGAUGAAACAGUUUUUUCUUC